AUGGAGGACUUUGAGGCUGUGUGCAAGAAUGCGGUGCAAGCCCAGGAGGAGGCACUCGUCCAAAUUUUGCAGAGAAAUGGCAGCUGCCACUAUCUACAAAGGUUCGGGCAGCCUCUGUGUUUGAAAUCCUUCAAGACUCAGCUUCCAAUCAUCUCCUACGACAACAUUUCUCCAGAACUCCAACAGAUAGCUGAUCAUGGAACUUCUCACCUCCUCUUGGGCUGCGAUCCGAUUCUAUACUUUUCAUUUAGCUCAGGGACGUCGUCUGGCAAGCAUAAGAUCUUACCGCAGACAAACUGUGGAUACUCUUUGCUAGCCAGAGCUUACGCAUCCUCGAAUGCUUAUAGAGACGAAGUCUUCCCGCUGGAGAGCACCAAACCCAUUGGACUGCACUUUGUGUAUUCCGGAGAACAGUAUAAGGCCAAGUCUGGCCUGUUACUAGGAGCCGGAUCAACAAACUACUACAAGAGCGAAGCGUACAACCAAGAGGCGGAAACUCUCGCCACUCCGUACGAGGCGCUGCUUGCCGGAUCGGAUUGGCAGCAAACGACUUACUGCCACUUACUCUGCGGCCUCGUCCAGCGCCACAAGAUUGAGUUCAUACACGCAACCUUUGCCUACACGCUCAGUGAGGCGUUCAGGCUUCUCGAGAGCGACUGGAAGAUUCUAUGCGAGGACAUAUCCGCUCGGCGUGUGAGCGAGAGCAAGGUCACGGAUGAAAAGCUCAGGGUGCCGGUCUUGAAGCUCAUGGAGCGCGAGCUCAGAGGUAAGGAUUCGUCGCAAGUUGCAAGGGAGAUCUCGGAGAUCUUCGUCACAAGCAAAGAAUCGAGAUGGUCUGGUUUGCUUCCGCUGCUUUGGCCGAGAGCCAAAUACGUGCACACGGUUGUAACUGGUGCCAUGGAACCUUACAUUCCUGUGCUCAAGAAGUACGCUGGAGAUAAGUUGGCGAUUGUGGGAUUUGACUACUCUGCGUCGGAGGGUUACCUUGGAAUCAAUAUGCGGCCUGCCACUCCCCCGGAGGAAGUUGUUUUCACGCUCAUCCCCUACACUAUGUUCUUCGAGUUCAUUCCGGUCGAUCCGGAAGAAGUUCCUGAUCAUCAGCAAGGAGAGACUCUUGGUUUUAAGGACCUUCAAGUGGGAAAGCAAUAUGAACUUGUGGUGACUACGUUUGAAGGAUUGUAUCGCUACAGGAUUGGAGAUGUUGUCAAAGUGACCGGAUUCCACCACGAGUCGCCCAUCGUCGCUUUCUCCUAUCGCAAGAACGCCGUGCUGAGCAUCAAUGCGGAGAAGGUUGACGAACAAGAACUCCAAAAGGUUGUCAUGGGCAGUGCCGGUCCCCUGGAGAUCGCAAACUUCACCAGCUGCGCUGAUUUCGCUACCAAGGAACGUCCACACUACGUGAUCUACUGGGAGCUCAAGAACGAUGGGGAUAACUCCAGGCAUGAGGAGCUGAGGGAUUCGUGCAAUGCCCUGGAUAGAGGGUUCAAUGCCGCUUACCUGGUUGGAAGGGUGGACAAGACUCUGGGAGCGCUGGAACUGGUGACUGUGAAGCAAGGGACGUUUGAGAAACUCAUGGAGAAAGCGAUCGAGAGCGGAGCUUCAGCCAGCCAGUACAAGACCCCCCGAUGCAUCAAGUCUCCCGCACUGCUUGAGUUGCUCGACCAAGGAGCCAUCGGCCGGUACACCAGCUCCGAGGACAUAUCAAGCCUUCUAGCUGAGGAUUGGAAGCCAAGUGUCAUCCAUGGUUUGUAAAGCUCAUAAGCUCAUGAAAAUAAUUACCAUAAACAGUUCUAAUUUUGUUUCU